AUGCUUCGCCAAAUGGCGGAAUUUCUCCAAGCAGUCAAGGAGCUUCCUCAGAAAUCUGAAUCAAGCUGGAUCUCUCAACACGCUGGCCAAGUCCUUCUUGCGCAAAAAAAGGCUGUUGAAGAUCUUCUCAAAAGCAUAUUUCAGACCCCUGGACACCUUUCCGUCUUCGACCUUCUUCCCAAUUUUGACAAGGUCCUCCACGCGACUGGCGAUCCCAUGCACAACGCCCUCAAAGAAGUGGAAAAGCAACAGCGGAUAAUAACGGAUAAAUACUUGAAGGGUGUCAGGCCUGAAAUAUUUGGGGAGGAGGACAGUGAAGAUGAAGAGGACAAAGAGGACAAAGAAGGCGGUGAAGACAAUGAAGGUCAUGGUGACAGGGGGCAGACAGGCAAAAUUCCUCCUGGCAACGGUCCACCUAUCAUCAGCAAGGACCGGCAAAUUUGUCUCAAAGAAAUGAUGGUGCAGGUCAUUGUACCCUCUUAUCUACCCCAGCUUGGGAAAAAGUUUUUCACCCAGCAAGCAAAGCCGUCUGCAGCACAAUGGCAGUCUUGGUCAACAUCGAAUGCUUUACCAGAGCAUGAGUUGGUUGCUGCCCUCAAGCUUUUUGCCAUCAUCAAACGGAUAUUCUUGUCAAGCAUAUCCAAGACCCAGAUCAAUUGCCUGAAGGCUCUCAUCAGUGAGUUCAAAGAGAUUGUCCUCAAGCACCACCCGCUCCUCCUUUAUUUGACGACCAACUUCCACAAGAUCGAUCAUACCCCCAAGGAGAUCCUGGAGCACGGUCCAAUCUACGGAUGGUGGCUCAUGGCUCUUGAGCGCUUGAACGGGCGGGUCAAGAAGAUCAAUACCAGUGGACGCAAUGUCUAUCAGGAGCAAGUCCUGCAAUUUCGUGCGCUUCUUCGACAGAGGUCUCUACUCUCAAACAUCCAUCAACAGUUUCUGGACCAAGAUUCAUGCCAAGAGAGUGGCAUCCCCAAAGAUGAAGCCGGUUGGGAAGAGGGUAGGAAUAGCAACAAGAGCACUAUUUUCAGUGCCUACAUGUCCCACGGCGUUAUCUCUGAGGAUCCGGAUGAUGCAGAAGAUCUAGCUAAUCUUCGUCUGUACAACAACAGUGGUCUGGACCAAGACUUCUUGAUAGACUUGCUCUUGACUGGCAAAGUGAUGGCUGUGUCCUCUCAAAAUCAAAUCAUCGGACUUUUUUACCAUUUUUCCAAGAUACUCAAGCCUGACAUUCCAGACGAGUUUGAAUUUCAUCACAAGAUAGCUGUACGUGGUCACACGUUUUGCCCUGUAGAUCCGACCUUCAAGACUGGGCUUACACUAGUCACUGUACCCAAGAUCGUCUGUUGGAGUAACUCUCAUUCAUUCAUCAACAUCCAGAACCCUAUGAUCCGCUUUGCUGAUGACCAUCAACCCAAACUGGGCGUCAAAGCUAUCAUAUGGGCAAUAGUGUCUUGGACUUGUCGAAAUCUGGAAGAUGGCUCUGUUGGCUCCACAACUUUGUGGGCCUGCAUUUGGCUGUUUGUUUGUUUGCAACCACCGCCUUCAGCCUUCCAGUACGGUCUUGAGGAAACGUUGGACAUCGAGACGCUGUCGGCCACCAAGCUGUUGCCUAUGAACUUUUACCAAAUCAAUGCUUGA